GGAAUGUCGUUAAUUACAUGUUAUGCAGACUUCCGAAGAAGACUUCAUGAAUCACGGCUACACACUGCAAGAGCGACUCGCGCUCCGUCAAUAUUAGACUCCAGACGUCGGCAAUCGUUGGAAGAUUUAGCGACAUUCUUGCCUUAAGUAUGCGCCUUCAAGUACAUUCCAUUCGGAGUCUGCGCCAAUAGUCGAAAUUCCCGUCCGAUCUCCCUGCCUCUAUUACGCGCGCAAUUAGCGUUCGCCAGCUGUGCUUCGAAUAAUUAGAGCCUCGCUCAUUCUGUUGACCCGCGGUGCGAGGUUAGCGCGACUUUUAAAGCGACGUCCAUGUGUGUCUGUGUGCUGUGCGUGCACCUAUAUAUAAGGGAUCGAAGACUAGCUGCAAUUCAGUUGAUUGAAGCGUCGAACGAGCGACAACGUGUCGUCGAUAAGUUAAUUUUGCCGAGCCAACGAGAAAUUCGCGAAAAAUGAUGAAAACGAAAAGUUUGUCGCUGUUUGGAGGGCUGAUUAUUUUUUGUUUGAUGGUCGACAUGGCGAUUGCAGCACCGCUGAAAGAUGAUCAGGAUAUCAUAGCGAACAGCGAGACUAGGAAUUAUGGAUUUCCCUUCUACUGGUUCGUCAGACCAGUUUAUGAGGACGAGGACGAAGAUAAUGGUUACAGAGCGCCAUCUGUUAACUCGAAUACAAAAAACUCGGCGCACUCGUUUGUCGAAGUCGGAUCUGGUUGGGGUCGCUGAUUUCAGUCAAAUUUGAUAAGUCGUGAUGAUAUCACUGUUCAAAUGUAUAUAGGUUCUGACUGUAGUAGAAUAAGAUUUUUUUAUUUAUGUAUCACAGUUAAAAAACAAUAACGAAGUAAAGUUGCGACUCACACAAUUAAGAUUAAUUAGCGCCAAUGUAACUCAAGUUAUUCUCUUUAAAGCAUACUAACAGAGUAACAUUCUCGAAACAUUAUACAUCAGACUGCUAACUUUUUUUCAAAUAUUGGCUCAAAGUCGUUGAAAUCGAGAGGAUAUAAAGAGCUUGCUCCUUCUUCCAGUUAACAGUUGACCUGAAAUUCAAGUGAGUUUCAGACGUUCGUAUGAGAAAAAUGACUAUUUACCAGCAUUUGAUAGUUUGUUUACUUUUCUUAUGCUUCAUGGCUGUUGAUUCUGUGCCUAUCGAAUAUAUUGGUAUUUUUCAAUUUUGCAGAAGUCGAUCAAGACCCUUGGCAAAAAAUGGUUGUACGCCAAUUUUUCGUCCCAUUUUACGUGGUGCCUGAAGAAAAUCGACCGCUUUAUCAAAAUAAUUAUUACAAUCAACAACAUCGACCAUCGAUCUUCGAAUACCCUGCCGUGGAGUCAUCAACAAGAGACAAAAAAGGUAUAUCCGAUUUUGGAGCCAGCUAUGGAUUUUAUCCCGUUGGAUUAGCAAUUUUUUCGAACGGUGUACGAAGUAAUUUAGAAAAUGUGGACAACUCUGACAUUGAAAAUCUUGAUGCUAAAAUUGGUCAUGUGAAUGUAUAAUUUGAGUCAAAUAUUAUGUAGUACUGUAAAAUAGUUUAUCAGUAGCCAUUUUUAAUUUUAAUACUUGUUGUUAUUACUGGAGUUUAACUUUUUUUAAAUAAAUAAUUUAAUGAUUUA